GUGUUAAGUCUUGUGAUCAGUAAUAAAACGUGCAUCAACGUUAUUAAAAUAAUAUUGUUUUGUUAUUAUCCAGUUAUGCAAUGGGUAGUAAUAACGCUGAUCAAAUUUAUGACUUAGAUGCAAUUUUAUCGGAACUUGGUCAAUUUGGUCGAUUUCAAAUUAAAAAUUAUAUUUUAUUAACAAUACCAAUUCUUGUAUCAGGAAUUUAUACUAUUAGUUUUGUGUUUACGGCAGCUAAUCCACAAUACAGAUGUUUUGUACCAGAAUGUGAAAAUUUAACAGAAACAACAUUCCAUACAGAAUGGUUAAAAAAUGCGAUACCAUAUAAAAAUGAUGAACCAACACAAUGCUAUCGAUAUGAAAAUGUACAUACAAAUGAUACAAUUAUAUUUAAUAAUGGCGAAGAAUUUUGUCCUUCAUUUUGGUUUGAACGCAAUGAAAUUCAAUGUAAUGAUGGUUACGUAUUUAAUACAGAUCAUAGAUCAAUUGCAAAUGAUUUUGAUAUAUUAUGUAAAGAUCAAUGGAAGUUAACACUACCUGGAACAAUUCAUAAUAUAGGACAAUUUGUUUCUCAGCCCCUCACUGGUAUUGUCUCUGAUAAAUUUGGUAGAAAAUUUGCCAUGAGUAUUGGAUUACUGGCAAGUGUGAUAUGUGGUAUAAGUCGUUCAUUUUCACCAAACUAUUUAUGGUUUGUUACUUUUGAAUUUUUGGAUGCUGCAAUCGGAUCAGCUGUAUUUGCAUCAGCAUUUAUUUUAGGUACCGAGUUUGUGAAUCCUUCAAAACGUGUAUUGAUGUCGUCAAUUAUCUGCUCUGGUUAUGCAUUUGGAGAGGCAUUGGUUGGUAUUAUAGCUUGGAAUGUAUUAUCAUGGCGACGUUUACUUCAAUAUUUAUAUGGUCCGGGAUUAAUAUUAAUAGUUUAUUUUUGGAUUGCUCCUGAAUCCGUACGAUGGUUAAUAGCAAAAGGUCGCCAUAAACAAGUGGAAAAGAUUAUUAAAAAUGCUGCAAAACAAAACGGUGUUACUUUGUCAGACAAAUCAUUGGCUGUUCUAGAAGCGAAUGCAAUUGUGUCCUCGGAAUCAAAAACUACUGGUCCUAAGGAAUACACAUUGACAGAUGUAUUAAAGAAUAUAUCCAUGUUAUUUCGAAUAAUAAACUGUUCAAUUUGUUGGAUUACAUGUGUUUUUGUAUAUUUUGGUUUAUCAUUGCAUUCCGUAGAAAUAGCUGGAAAUAUACAUUUAAAUUUUAUAGCUGUAUCAUUAGUGGAAAUUCCUGGAUAUUUGGCUACAUAUCUAUGCUUAGAUCGUUUUGGACGUAGAAAAUCAUUGUGUGGUUCAUUUAUUUUAGCUGGAAUCUGCUGUUUAUCAUUUAUUUUUGUUACAAACGAAUUAUUAACUGUAAAGUUAAUAUUAUUUUCAUUGGGGAAAUGUGCCAUAACAAUGUCGUUCGUUGUAAUUUAUGUAUAUACUGCUGAAUUAUUUCCAACACCUUUACGACAAACUCUCUUGGGAUUAUGUUCAAUGUUUGGACGAAUUGGAGCAAUGGUUGCUCCACAAAUGCCUUUAUUGGCAAAAUUAUGGGAACCACUUCCAGUAUUUUCAUUUGGUGUCAUGUCGUGUAUAUCUGGCCUAUUAGUAUUAUUUUUCCCAGAGACUUUAAAUAUUAAAUUACCUGAUACAAUUGAAGAAGCUGUAAAUAUUGGGAAAAAAGUUUGA